AUGACUCCUUUAACUCCGAAUCAACCAAGUCCUAAGCAACAAGGUCAAAACCAAUCCUUAGAUGUUUCUCCUGUUAAACAGGACUGUCCUACCUUGUUUAAUUUUCUUGAUCAGUUUCAAGGAAAUCAUGAUCCUAAGGAUCAUAAGCUGGGACUUCAUUAUGGUGGAUCAUCAUCAUCAACCAAUCACCUACAACUCUAUAAUUCAUCGAGUGGUGCAGCUAUGGUUGAUCAAAGCAUUGUGCGUGACACAAAUUUACCAUCAGACAUGGAGGUGGAAGAUAGCGGCAAAAGAAAUGACAAAUGGGUGUCUUCAAAGGCGAGGUUGAUGAAAAUGCUGAUGAUACCUGAAAGAAGUUAUGGAGACAUAAAUGAAGACAAAGCAAUUAUCAAUGCAACUGCUAGUGCUGCUGCCCCUACUCCUUCAAAUGAAGGAAUUCAAAAUGAAAGGUACAAUCAAGGAAGCCCUACUGCUAGGGUUUGUACUGAGUGUCAAACUACCUCUACCCCACUUUGGAGGAGUGGCCCCGUGGGUCCUAAGACACUUUGCAAUGCUUGUGGAAUUAGGCAGAGGAAGGCAAGAAGGGCUGCUGUAGAUGCUGAUAAUAGUUUGGCACAUGGCAAAGAGAAAGAAGAGAAACUUCUUGUGAACAAAUGUACACAAUUCAAGAAGAACAAGACUUCUUCAACUUCAACUAGUGCUGCUACUACGACUACUAAUGAUAGUAGCUUAUCUGAAGAGAUGAUGGAGAGGCUUGAUUUUUUCUUAACAAAGGUGAGGAAAAAAUCGGGUUUCGAGUCUACUACUGAGGAAGUAGCUGAUACAGCUCUACUUCUGAUGGAUAUCUCUUGUGGAUUUAAUGAUAAGUGGUGGGACUGGUUGUGUAGUUGUGUGUUUGUUGGAAACCUUGAUGUCCUGACACUUUGCAAUACUUGUGGAAUUAGACAGAGGAAGGCAAGAAGGGCUGCUGUAGAGGCUGACAAUAAUUUGGUCACUUCCACAAUAAUUAGAGGACAUAACAAAGAGAAAGAAGAGAAGCUUCUUGUGAACAAAAGUACACAAUUCAAGAAGAACAAGACUUCUUCAACUUCAACUAGUACUGCUGGUGCUGCUACUACGACUACUAAUGAUAGUAGCUUAUCUGAAGUGAUGAUGGAGAGACUUGAUAUUUUCUUAACAAAGGUGAGGAAAAAAUCGGGUUUCGAGUCUACUACUGAAGAAGUAGCUGAUACAGCUCUACUUCUGAUGGAUAUCUCUUGUGGUUAUGUUUACCCUUGA